UUCAUUCCUCUCUGCGUCUUUCUCUCUCUCACUCGCUCGCUCACUCACUUUGAUAGGCGUCGAGUCCAGAGAUUCGGGUGGCGUAGUCUAGGGUUCCGGCAAGGAUGGCGUUGCUCUCAGCUCUCGCGACGGAGAUCGUGAUCCCGGUCUGCGCCGUGGUCGGGAUCCUGUUCUCCCUGGUCCAGUGGCUCCUCGUGUCCCGCGUGAAGCUCGCACCGGAGCCGCGCGCUCCGUCGUCCUCGUCCCCAAACAGCAACAAGAAUGGCUACAGUGACUACCUCAUCGAGGAAGAGGAAGGCGUGAACGACCAGAGCGUCGUGGCCAAGUGUGCUGAGAUACAGAGUGCCAUCUCUGAAGGUGCGACUUCUUUUCUGUUCACGGAGUACCAGUACGUUGGAGUAUUCAUGGUUGCUUUUGCGGUUCUCAUCUUCCUUUUCCUUGGCUCUGUUGAGAGCUUCAGCACCCAAAGCCAGCCUUGCACAUAUGAUCCUUUGAAAAUGUGCAAGCCUGCACUUGCCACUGCUGCUUUCAGUACAGUUUCAUUCCUGCUAGGUGCUUUCACCUCAGUCGUCUCUGGUUUCCUUGGCAUGAAAAUUGCUACCUAUGCCAAUGCAAGGACUACCUUGGAAGCGAGAAAAGGCGUUGGAAAAGCUUUCAUUGCUGCUUUCAGGUCUGGUGCAGUUAUGGGAUUUCUUCUUGCUGCUAAUGGCCUUCUUGUGCUCUAUAUUGCAAUCAAUCUGUUCAAGUUGUACUAUGGCAAUGACUGGGAAGGUCUUUUUGAGGCCAUUACCGGUUAUGGUCUUGGUGGAUCUUCCAUGGCUCUCUUUGGAAGAGUCGGUGGUGGAAUUUAUACCAAGGCUGCUGAUGUUGGUGCUGAUCUGGUUGGAAAGGUAGAGAGAAAUAUCCCAGAAGAUGAUCCAAGAAACCCAGCGGUGAUUGCUGAUAAUGUCGGUGAUAAUGUUGGGGAUAUUGCUGGUAUGGGGUCUGAUCUUUUUGGCUCUUAUGCUGAAUCAUCCUGCGCGGCCCUUGUUGUUGCUUCCAUCUCUUCUUUUGGAAUCGAGCAUGACUUCACUGCCAUGUGUUAUCCCUUGCUUAUCAGCUCUAUGGGUAUCCUUAUUUGCUUGAUUACAACACUCUUUGCGACUGACUUCUUGGAAAUCAAGGCGGUGAAGGAAAUCGAGCCUGCAUUGAAGAAGCAACUUAUUAUUUCCACGAUUCUAAUGACUGUUGGAAUAGCUAUUGUUAGCUGGAUUGCUCUGCCCUCAUCAUUCACAAUUUACAACUUUGGGUCGCAGAAAGUUGUGAAGAACUGGCAGCUGUUCUUGUGUGUUGGUGUUGGUCUUUGGGCUGGGCUAAUUAUUGGGUUUGUCACUGAAUAUUACACCAGUAAUGCCUACAGCCCUGUCCAAGAUGUUGCUGAUUCCUGCAGAACUGGUGCUGCGACCAAUGUUAUUUUUGGCCUCGCCUUGGGAUAUAAAUCUGUCAUUAUCCCAAUUUUUGCCAUUGCCAUCAGCAUUUUUGUGAGUUUCAGUUUUGCUGCCAUGUAUGGAAUUGCUGUGGCUGCCCUUGGUAUGCUAAGUACCAUUGCCACUGGAUUGGCCAUAGAUGCUUAUGGUCCCAUCAGCGACAAUGCUGGAGGUAUUGCUGAGAUGGCUGGCAUGAGUCACAGAAUUCGUGAGAGAACUGAUGCCCUUGACGCUGCUGGCAAUACAACUGCGGCCAUUGGAAAGGGAUUCGCCAUUGGAUCAGCUGCCCUGGUGUCUCUUGCUCUGUUUGGUGCAUUUGUGAGUCGUGCAGCAAUUUCUACCGUUGAUGUCCUGACACCAAAGGUCUUCAUAGGUUUGCUCGUGGGUGCCAUGCUUCCUUACUGGUUCUCUGCUAUGACCAUGAAAAGUGUGGGAAGUGCAGCAUUGAAGAUGGUGGAGGAGGUCCGCAGGCAGUUUAACAGCAUUCCAGGGCUCAUGGAAGGUCAUGCAAAGCCUGACUAUGCUAGAUGCGUCAAAAUUUCAACUGAUGCAUCUCUCAAGGAGAUGAUUCCACCUGGUGCUCUUGUCAUGCUUACACCACUUAUUGUCGGGACCUUCUUCGGUGUGGAGACACUGUCUGGUGUUUUGGCUGGCUCUCUUGUUUCUGGUGUUCAGAUUGCAAUUUCGGCAUCCAACACUGGGGGAGCAUGGGACAAUGCGAAGAAGUACAUUGAGGCUGGUGCUUCGGAGCAUGCGAGGACCCUUGGCCCUAAGGGAUCGGAGCCUCACAAGGCUGCUGUUAUUGGAGAUACCAUUGGUGAUCCUCUGAAGGACACUUCAGGCCCAUCGCUCAACAUCCUCAUCAAGCUAAUGGCAGUGGAGUCGCUCGUGUUCGCUCCCUUCUUUGCUACUCACGGUGGUCUGCUCUUCAAGCUUUUGUGGCAGCAGCAUCGUCAUCAACUCAAUUUGGCGUCGGCAUCUAUUUCCGUGUUGGUUCUCUGUAGCUUUAGUGAUUCCUAAGGAUGACGAUGAUGAAUAUGAAGGUUAGAAUUUUAUGUUAUCAUGGUAAUGUCUACAUGAGUUUUAAGGCUGAACCUGGCAAUUUUGAAUCAUGGACUACUGGAUUCUUCACUUUUAGUGUACUUUUUAUGUUUGCCCCAU